UUCGAGAUCAUCAUCAUCAUGUCGGCUGUUGUGGGAAACCAAAAGGCUGUCAGCAUCGAUCGGGACUCAGCAAGCUUCCCUCUCACACAGUGGGGAGACCGCUUUCUCGACGACGAAGAACACCAGCAGCAGGGGCCAUUGCCAGUGCUUGAAAGCGAGUACGAGGUGCUCAAGGAAGAAGUGCGGAAGAUGUUGACAGCCGAGGAUGAUGGCAAGCCGUCCGCCAUUGCGGAGAAGCUGCGGGUGAUAGAUGCAGUCCAACGAUUGGGCAUUGGCUAUCACUUCGAGAAGGAGAUUGAAGAAGCACUUGAAAAAGUGCAUGCUCUUGGAGACGAACUAUUCGUCAUCCAUGAUCACGACGAUAACGCCACUACCGAUGAUCUCUACAAUGCUGCUCUUCGAUUUCGACUUCUCAGACAACAAGGCCUUCGAGUUUCUCCAGAUGGGUUUAGAAACUUGAAGGACGGAGAAGGAAAUUUUAAAGUAUGGUUGGCCUCAGAUGAGCAAGGGCUCUUGAGCUUGUAUGAAGCAGCACAUGUGGCAAUCCAUGGAGAAGGCAUAUUGGAUGAAGCACUGAGCUUUGCUACCAAGACCCUCAAGUCCAUUCUUCCCCAACUCAGCCCUUUAUUCCACAAACAAGUAAAGUUCGCUCUCGGUCUCCCUUCGUGGAAAUGUGUCCCUAGGUCGCUUACUAGGAACUACAUCGAUUUUUACUCCGAAGAUGCCUCCCACAAUCACAAACUCCUUCGAUUUGCAAAGUUGGAUUUCAACUUGCUCCAAAAGUUGCAUCGACAAGAGCUCCACGAAAUUUCUGAGUGGUGGAAGAGUUUGAAAGUGACUACCAAUUUCCCACAUGCAAGAGACAGAGUUGUGGAAUGCUAUUACUGGAUUUAUGCGGUAUACUUUGAACCGAAGUAUCAGUUGGCCAGAGUUAUGUGUACCAAGAUCAUAUCGAUGCUUUCACUCUUAGAUGACACUUGCGAUAAUUUUGCUACGUUUGAAGAGGUCAAGAUGCUCACAGAAGCUAUUGAAAGCUUCCAUGUAAGCGCUCUGGAAGCACUACCAGAGACGAUGAAAAAUUUGUACCGUAUCAUCAUCGAUCUGUACGACGAAAUUGAAAUGGAACUUGCAAAAACAGGACCCACUUUUGCGGUCGACUAUGCUAAAGAAGAGCUCAAGAAAAUAUGUCGAGCCCACUUGGCAGAGGUUCAAUGGCGUACCAAAGACCAUGUUCCAACACUAGAGGAGUAUAAGAUUGAUGCAUAUGUAACAAGUGGGUUUCCCAUCCUUUGCACAUCGGCUUUCGUUGGAAUGGGAGCUGAAAUAGCCACCAGGGAGGCCUUUGAAUGGGUCACCAACGAGCCUAAGAUGGUCAGAGCUGCUUCAGUUAUUUCUAGGAUUCAAAACGAUAUCGUCUCUCACAAGUGGGAGCGAGAGAGAAGUCAUGCUGCUUCAGCAAUAGAAUGUUACAUGAAGGAGCACGGGGCAUUGGAGGAGGAAGCCGUUGAAUUUUGUUGGGAGGAGAUUUCUAGAGCUUGGAAGGACAUUGCAGAAGAGUGUCAGAAACCAACACCAUUGCCAGUAGCCUUAACAGAUCGUGUCCUUAACUUUGCACGCUCCAUUAGUGUGAUAUAUGAGAAUGGUGAUGGCUACACUCAUUCUCACCUUUUGAAAGCACACAUUGCUUCACUGUUCACCGAUCCUAUACCUCUAUGA